UAAAUAAAUAAAGCGUAUCGAUUUGUCUCUAUAGCUACAGAAGAAUUAAAAAUAUAUAAAAAAUAGUAAGAAUGAGUGAUAUUCAUAGUAACAUCCAAAAAUCUAAAUACAAACAAAAAUUUAAUGUUAAAAAACAUAAGAGGCCUUCCUUAGAGGUAAAUUUGAAAGGCUUUAUUUGUAGUUGCAACAACAGGGAGAAAGAUUGUGUCAAAGAAUCUUAUAAUUUACUUAAUAAAUAUGCAGAUAUAUUGUAUCCACCACCAGCAAAUACAGAUACCAAAGAUGACACUGAUAUUGGAGAUGAAUUGAGGAACGAGUUAUUAGAAUUAACUUCCAUUAAGACAAAGAGAUUUCAGGUUGUCGAAUCGGGAGCUAAAAAUAUGAUCUUUAUAAAAACUACACUAGAAGAUACCGUUCAGUUGGCAGAGAAAAUUAUAUCAGAUAUAGCAGAAACGAAGAGCAGACAAACUAAAGUUUUACUUCGGUUAGUGCCUAUAGAGGUGACUUGCAAAGCCUAUGUAAAGGAUAUUGAAAACGCUUUUAAAAGGAUUGCACCGAAACACUUUGCAGAGAGUAGCAAGACUUUUUCUGUCGUUUACAACCACAGGAAUAAUAAUAAUUUAAAGAGAGACGACGUAAUUAAAGCUGUGGCGGAUGUAGUCUUUCAGAUCAGGUCUGACCAUAGAGUAAGCCUUAAGGAUGCAGAAGUGUCGGUUGUAAUCGAGGUUAUCAAAGGUAUUGCUCUGAUAGGCAUUGUUCCAGAUUUUAUUAAAUAUAAAAAAUAUAAUCUUCACGCAAUUUCGGAACAUGAUAAUGAAACUGAAAGUCAACACAGUGGAGAACUCGAAGAUUUACAUACAGAAUCCAACGAUACUUAAUUUUACCAUGUAAUAAGUUGGGUUAUAUGUUUAAAUAUUUAACAUUUUGUUUAAUAAAAUUGAUUACUAAUUAAUAAUUGAGGAAUUUUAUCUGUCUUCAGUAUUCGUUCUGCAAAUUCUAUAAAAAUGUGUCAAUAAAACAAAUAACUUGUAUUUUAUAAUUGUAAAAAUUACUGUGAAACGUAAUAUGUGAUGUGA